AUGUUCUGGGACUCUCGGGUCCCUUGACCAAGGGGCUGAUAGGCACCCUCCUCAUGAUCAGCGGGAUCGAGAGCAACCCCGGGAUGUCGCAGAAUCCGGACACCCCAGGCGGCUCACGCGGACGGCACUUAUUCACCAUCCCGUCUUGGCAGGAGGUCCACGAAAGCAGUCGGCCAGCAGCACUUCACACUCAGUUGUUCGAGGAGUGGCAGCGGCAGAAGUCUGAUUCAGGGCCAGAAGCGUCAGCCCGCUCCACAAGCCAGCCAACUCAGUCGGGGGUGGAGCAGCCGAUCGCGCUAGGAUUCAGCGCGGAGGCGGGCCCCUCCUUCAGCGCCCCGCGUCCUGCUACCGAUCCCCGUCCUGCUACACAGCUGGCACCUGCGGAGGUCGCAGAGGUUGCAGGCAGGAAGAGGGCAGCCUCGAGCAGGGAGAGCUCCCCGCCACCCCUUGGUACUAGGAAACGAACCGGAAGCCCAGAUGAAGCGGCUAUGCGCCACGAGCCAACGUCACGCGAGCCUAUUCUCUCCAAAGAACUUUUGCCUCAAGGAGAGCGUGCUACUCCUGCCUGCGCGCAUGCAGAAGUUGACAUCGAUCCAGGAAGCACGCUGCUUCCGAACCUGAAAGACCCUCCGGAGUCUGAACUGGCUGAGUUUCUCGCUGAGAGGCGGGCCCAGGCUGCAGAGGGAGGCAAAGCUGCAGCCGCAUCCACACAGGAGGUUGCAGCGGAUUCCGAUCAAGAGGCAACGUCCUUUGGCAUUGAGGAGACGUCGGGGGAGUCCAAAUCCGAGGAAGAGGCCACUUUCGCGGAUUUUCAAGGCAUCGACGACUCCAUGCAGCCCGACGCAGGCAACCUGGACCUGUUUCGGGCGAUGGACUUGAAGGAGGAGGCAAGACGUGGGCUGGCGGCGGAGACCGUCGAUGAUAUGCUGGCCCCCAUGCGGGAGGAGAUGCGGAGGAGGCAGGCUCGAGAUGAAGACAACGCCCAACCGUCGACCUCUGCCACCCCGAUGUAUGAGGCGGCAGUGCCCGAGCCGGCGGUGCAGUCUGACGUGCUCACGGGCAACGAGGUCUUCAAGAAGGACGACUUCCGGGUGCUACGCGUGCGAGAGCAUGGCACCAACUGCUUCCAUCAGGUCGGGGCCAACCCUAGGGGCCGCCUUCCUGGCCCAAAGUUCUUUAUGCAGCAAGAGGCUGCGCUCCUGAACCAUGAAGCGCAGGUUGCUCUGCACAAGUGGUCUGGCAAGGUCGAGAACGGGGUUAGGAUUUCGUGGCGCAGCUUUGCUUCGUACCCAGAUUGGGAGACAGCGCGUUCACAUCUUGAGGGGAAGCAUGGGUCAGUGACUGAGAUCAUCCAGGACGGGAAGCCCUGCAAGCCCUACCUCGACCUCGAUGGAAAACACGGGCUCCCCUUCAAGCGUCAGCCAGUAGUUGGGCCAGACGGAGAGGUCGUAGAGGGCGGGGUGAGGUACUCGGUGAAGGAGGUGAUUGGGAUAAUUGAGGAGUGGGCCACCCGCAUCUUUAUGAGCUACGGCUAUGAGCUGGCGCCGAGCAGCUUUGUGUGGAUCGAGAGCUCCGGCCAGGCUAAAUUCAGCCUCCAUCUCACCAUCAACCAGCUGGCGCCCCGCCAGCUCGUCUUCGGCUCCAACACCGGGGGGGCGGCCCACUUUGCGCGGCGGCUCAAGGAGAGGCUGCGCCAGUGGCAUUCCAGCAUCGCCGCCCUCAUCGACCUCAACGUGUACACAAAGGAUCGUGAGUGGCGGACCCCGGGAAGCGCCAAGGUGGAGAGGCCGGAGAGCGUUCUGGCAUGCAUCAACCGGGGCCAUUCGUGGAAGGAUGCCCUGGUCACCUGGUUGGAGCCCUUCGAGGCCCGCAAAGAGGUCAAGGUGCCGUUCCAGCUGCCGGAGAGGCUUCACGAGAAGUUCAAAAACCCUCGAGACAUGUCUGAACGGGGCACUGAGCGCAGCUCCAAGAACGAGGAGUUCGUCAAGGCCCGCAUGCUGACUCUUCUCAGAGAGCGCUUGCACCCCACCGCUUACGAGGAAGGCCCCGAUCGCUUCAAUUACAGCGAUCGCUCGGAGCCGUGCUACACGGGUCGGAUCCAUGAGAACCGCCAGAAUCUAACCUGCCACCUCAACCCAAACGGUAAGAUCUAUGCCCUAUGCUUCAGCAACAACACUGAGGGCGGGGACUCACAGUUGCCGUGUGUUAGCAGGGCGUUCUGCCUUGGAGACUUGUUCGAGGACAACAUCUCGUUUGAGGCUGGCGCUGUUAAGGUGGACAUGCAGCACCUUAAGCGGGUCCCAGGCGCGUCAACACCGGAGCUUGUGGCCGAAGUAGCAGCGGGUACGACGACGGCGGACGACCUGAUGAAGCUGAACACAUUCACUAACGAGUGGAUCGCGGGCAAGUUUCCCCUCCUUGGCAUCCGGUCAGGUGUGAACACCGGCAAGACGGUGCAUUGCGGGGCGGUCUCGGACGAGCUUUAUGAGCUGGUUCGGGAAGCAAGCGGCCGCCCCAUGAGGACGGGCAUGAUCACUUACCGGGUGGCACAGGCCGAGGAUCUCAAAGGGCGCUUUCACCGCACUGCGAACUACCUCGAUCUGAAGGCGGAUUAUGAGAACGAAUGGUUCCAGGAUCCGACUGAUAAGCGCAUUCUUCUAACAGCGCUCCAGUCUCGUGAGCAAUUCCCGGAGAUUGUAAUUCAAGUCGACAGUCUUCUGAACCUUCGGCCUGAUGGCAUUGGUGAGGUUGCUCCGUUCGACCUCGUGAUCUUGGACGAGGUGGCAAGCAUCCUCGCGCAUCUCUCGGCGGCGACCUUGAGAAAUGGCAUGGAGACUGCGGAGCUGUUCUUGGAGAUUGUGCAACGAGCAAAGCGCGUGCUGGCCAUGGACGACGGGUAUGGGCAGCGGGAGCACGAGUUCUUCCGUCUUGCGAAUGUGCCUGGAAAACUCAUCAUCAACACGAGAAGGGCAACGGUUCCCCUUACCUUUCGCGUCUGUCAGGAUGAGAGGGCGUGGCUGGAGCGGAUUGUCAGUGAUCUUGCUGCUGGCAAGAACGUGGUCGUGGUCAGCAUGUCUGCAAGGGUUUUAGAGCGCAUCCAAGACCGGGUGAUCACGCAGACCUCGCUCGGGCUCACAGAGAGCGACAUUCUCAUACACAGGCCCUAA